GGAUAUGUCAACUUGCGUUAAUAAUGCUUAUCUGAAUUAUUAUUUGUUUCUUUCAGGUUAUGAAGGAGACUCUUGCGAGCUAGACAUAGACGAAUGCGUAGUAAACAAUUUUGCUUGUGGCAAAGCAGGAACCUGUGAAAACCUACCUGGAACAUACAGGUGUACAUGUGGAAAUAGUGGAAAAUGCGGAUACCAUUGUGCCCUAGACGACCCAUGCGAACACGAAAAACCGUGUGUUCAUGGUAGUUGUAUCUCUCAGUGCACGGACAAACCUGACUAUUUGUGCGUUUGCGAAGACAAUUGGACAGGAAAGAACUGCAGCGAUCUAAAGGUUGCUUUAAGCCAAGCAGAUAGCGGAAUUAACAUACUGUAUAUCAUCGUUCCAAUUGUUCUUAUUCUGCUUACUGCAUUUUUGAUAGGAAUGGCGGUAUUGGUGAACGUAGCCCGCAGUAAAAGAGCUACAAGAGGCACUUACAGUCCUUCUGCCCAAGAAUUUUGCAAUCCAAGGGUAGAAUUAGAUCAUGUUCUGAAACCGCCUCCUGAGGAACGAUUAAUUUGAUUAAAAUGAUUCCCUUUUUGGACUAAUCGAAAAAAUAAAAUAACUUGAUGGCCUAGUUCCUUAUUUUUUACCAGUACUGUACUUUAUAAUUUUUGAGAAUGACGGCAAAAAAAUGAUUAUAAAUAUUUUACCUCCUCGAAUGAAACCGUCUCUAAUAUUGCAUACCUUGAUAUUAUAACUUUUAACCUUUUUUUGUCAUAUUAAUUUAUUUUUCCUCACUUUUUACUUAAUUUAUUGUAUUUUUUUAUACAACGUAAAUUUUCUUUUUCCCAUACUAAUUUUCUGACUGAUAUUAUUUAAUAGGUUUUAGAAUAUUUUUGUCUAUAGUAUUUUAAGUAGGGUAAAUGUACUUAAUUAUAUUAACUUAUAGUCUUAUGAUAUUCCCGUCCACGUAAUGAGAUAUUUUAAAUAUAAUGUUAAUGUAAAUUUUAUGAUGUGUGUGCUCAGUAGUUCAAAUGUCCCCUUUGAACGUUGAACAUUAUUCUAUUGUGAUAAGAAAAUAAUGUAGAUUAUUGAAACAAUUUCUAAUGGCCUUUUUAACUAAAUAACGAUGAGGUUCUUCCAAUGUAAAGAAGAAUGUUAUGUAAUAAGGAAAGUACUUAACUUUUUAGGACCAAAGGAAAAAUGUAAAUAGAGAUAAUUUAUACAUUUGCAAUUUUUACCAAUGUUUUAACUUGUGGUUUGUCAGAGAAAUAAAGAAAAUUACUUUUU